AUGUCUGGAGUGGUCGAUGCCAAUGACUCACACAGUUCAAUCCUAAUUGAGAAUGUAUUGAUCAAGAAGGAGUUUAGAUCCAAAGGUUAUGGAAGUUUGAUUGUUGAGGAGCUUGAAAGAGUGGCACUGAGUAAGGGAUACACAAAGUUCUAUUUGAAUACACAUGAUCAAUCACAGUUCUACAUGAGACUUGGAUAUAAUGUAUGUGCACCAUUGGCUGCAUCAAAGUUCACAUCGGCAUUCAUGGCCAAGGAUGGAUCGAAUGACCGAACAAGCGCAUUACUACGAAUCUUUGGAGGCGGAGGUGGCAAGCCCACUCCCGCACCUGUUGCUCCAACAUCCACCACUACCUCACCUUAUGACCAGGUCAAAGAUAAGAAGGAGUCAUCAUCUUCAUCAGAGCCUGCAUUGGUAUGGAUGUCCAAGUUCAAUAAACAACCACAAGUCGACAUGAAAUGGGAAGUCGACGAAUCGUUUUGA